UGCAGGUAACCCCCCACCGUGUCUCUCUCCCCCUCCAUCUCUCUCGUUUAUACACAAUAAACAAUGGAGGAAGAAAAGGAGCAGCUAUACCAGCACCUUCACAAACUAACACCCUUAAUCGAAUCCCAAACCCAACUAGAAGAAUUGGUCAAAACCCUCUGGAGCACUCGCAAAACGGGUCUCUCUCCCGCCCAGAAAUCACACUUUCAGUCUCUCCUCACUCUCCCCAAUCUCUCCGCACUCAGCCCGGUUUUGGCAUGCCUUCGCUCACUUAUCAGGAAAUGUGCGCAGGAGAACUUCGUUAUAAAUGACAUCUCAAAGCUGUUUCCUCCUGAUCUGCCACUUGAUUUGCAGAGGUCUCUUGUUGUAAUAUUUCAGAGAUGUCAAAACCAAUGGAAAGAGGAUCUAUCGGUAACCCAGACUCAAUCCCCGAGGACCAAAUUUCCUUCCCACACCAUUGCUGGCAUGCCACAGCCUUCAACUUGUUUUCGUACUUCAGAAUAUGUUGCCUCUCCUAGGCCUCUCAAUCUUCUUGCUGGUAAUGAUAGUUGCAACAAUAUUGGGGCUUCUGUUCCAGUUAUAACUGAUAUUAAUCUGUCGCCUUUGGCUUCCAUGCCUCCUGAACAAGGUGCUGGUACUGAUAAUCUGGGAACUCCACCUAGACUAAAGUCAAUGACUUGGACUGUGGAUAAUCAGAGCAAAGCACGAAGAAAUAAAGUGGCAGUUAUUAAUCUUAAGUUGCAAGACUAUACCCAAUCACCCCUGAGAGAGUCUGAAGUAAAGUUUCAGCUUACUAGAGAGACAGUUGAUUCGAUGUUGAAAUCUAUGACCCAGAUUAAUGAGCAAUUUUCAACCCAUGUCGGAUCUUCCUCGGGGACUGUGUCAAAGAAGUAGAAGCAGCAACUGUUUUUUCUUUAACCAUGUAUAUGAACAGAAAAAAUCAGUGGCUCCAAAAUAUUUUAAUUUCCUUUGCUAGUUAUGUAUCCUAGCAUUAGUAUCAGAUGAAUCUGAAUAUGCAACAACACUAGUGAAGCAAGAAAUAUAGGGUGGCAAAGUUUCUGCUGGCCUUUUGGAUUUUCGAGGUCGAAAGUCAUCUUUUCAAUUUUUUUUAAUCUCUAUGUUUAUGGUGAACAAUACCAAAGAUUUCUACGUCUUACAUCAUCUGGAAAAGAAUGAACAUUUUAUUUUUAUCAUCGUGACUUGGUAGAAGCGAUUUGAUGCUUAUUCAAGAAUUUAUUCACUAGGUUGAUGAUUCA